CGCUGGUACAGUGGUCAACGCUCAUUCAGGGGAAAGAUGGCGACCCGAGUCCUUCACAGUGUAGGCAGUGGGCUGAAACAGACUAAAAACGGGGUCUGGACAAACGGACAAGUCUCACUUAUUGCCAGGAAUCUCUCAGCAUCCACCAAUAAACAGAGUGAGGACAGCUGGUUCAAGUCUCUGUUUGUUCGAAAGGUGGAUCCCAGAAAGGAUCCUCACUCUCACCUGCUCGCUAAGAAGGAAGAAAGCAACCUCUAUAAGAUACAAUUUCAUAAUGUCAAGCCUGAGUGCCUUGACGCUUACAACAAACUUUGUGAUGAUGUCCUGCCCUCCAUCACUGCUGACUCUCACUACCCAUGUGAGCUGGUAGGUACCUGGAACACAUGGUAUGGAGAACAAGACCAAGCCGUUCACCUAUGGAGAUAUCGGGGAGGCUACCCUGCCCUAACGGAGUGUAUGAACAAACUCAGGCAGAAUAAGGAGUUCAUGGAGUAUAGAAACGAGCGUGGGAAGAUGCUCCUGUCCCGGAAGAACCAGCUGCUGCUGGAGUUCAGCUUCUGGAAUGAGCCUGUACCCCGUCCAGGACCUAACAUCUACGAGCUCCGCACCUACCAACUCAGACCAGGAACCAUGAUUGAGUGGGGAAACUACUGGGCUCGUGCCAUUGAGUUCCGUCAGCAGGACCAGGAAGCUGUGGGAGGCUUCUUCUCUCAGAUCGGUAGCCUCUACAUGGUACACCACCUCUGGGCUUACAAAGAUCUCCAGUCAAGAGAAGACACCAGAAAUGCAGCCUGGCAACAUGAGGGCUGGGAUGAAGUUGUUUAUUACACUGUUCCUUUGAUCCAGCACAUGGAGUCAAGAAUAAUGAUCCCAAUGAAGACUUCUCUUCUGAAGUAGCAAAUGCCACCACAGCUAUUUCCACCCUGAUCCGUAGAGAACGUAACCAACCUUCAGAGUGUGCACUGCCAUGAAUUUCAGCGUUGACAUCAACAUGCUUGCCACUUGUCUCUGGGGUUUUUUCACCCUUUUAUUUCUGUAUUAACCUAACACAAUUCAAAUCAAAAGGUCAAACAAAUUGUCAAUACGAUUAUGUUAUAAGUUACUGCUAAUGAUUUGUUACUGGUCCUGACACUCCAUAUGUUGUGCUUGAAUCAACAUCAUUCUUUUUCUCUCGUUUCUCAGCUGUCUACAUCACCCAAAUGGAUGGUCAGUUUUACUAGGUGAACUAGGUUAGAAAUUGAGAUGAAAUUUUGUUUUAUGUCUGUAUUUUUUCCCCUCCCCCAGUGGUCUCCUGCACUAGUCCUGUUUCCUUCACAGGCAAAGUUCCUGCUGUGUCGGUUAGUCUUAAGUCAAAGUCUGACAUUAACUGGCUUUCAUUCCAAAAAAUGUGUGACAUUUUAGCUAUGCAACUGUAAAACAGGAUGGAGCCACUUCUGCGAGAGUGAGUCAUUCUGUGAAAGUGUGUCGGGGCUAUUGAAAAAUGAGCUUCAAAAUGACACAUUUUGUUAGAUUUCAGCCACCUAUUUGUAUACACAGAACCAAUUGAUUGUAUAAGAUAAUUAUUGCUCUUGGAGGACAGUUAUGAUUUAGUAUUUUAUUUUCCCAUGUAAGUAGGUGAAUGGUCCUCCUGGUUUUUCUUUUGGCUGUCUUAUGGUUGUCCAGCCAACUGUUAAACUGACCACAGCAAUUGGGUCCUGUUGACUUGUAUCAUAACACUGAUGAAAGAAGAGGGGGAGCACCAUGGUUUUUGAUUUAGUUCAAAGUAAAAAUACAAUAUGGUAGCAUACCAGCAAGACCCUGAUUGGUUUGGCUUUAUGGUUGAGACUUAUCCCUAUAUAUACCUAUCAGGUUACACCUAUUCAUGCCAACCAACACAUCAACCAAUCAGGUGACCCAUGCUGUUACAAGGAUGAUUCCUUAGAGAUGGUCAGUUCAUAGAUAAGGUCGAAGAGUUUGAGAAUGUGAUUUCAUAAUGUGUAAAUGACGAGUGGGUUUCUGAAACCUAUGUUCUUCCAGAAAAGUUUCUGAAUGUAAUUAAUAUGAAAUGCAGUGCUUUAGAUGUACAUAUUGAAUAAACUUCUGAUUAAAUCAC